GGUUGGACGCCGGUCACGUGACCUUCCUCGACUGGCGUUUGUGCGACAGCUGAGUAGCAGCUAAAACGCGGUAUCUUCUUUUUUCAAUGGUAACGUUUGAGCCUUUAAACCACACUGACGGCAACUUGUGUAUUAUGGGCGACAAGAAGAGUCCCACAAGGCCGAAACGGCAGCCGAAGCAGCCGCCCGCCGACGAUGGCUACUGGGACUGCAGCGUCUGCACCUUCAGGAACACCGCCGAGGCGUUCAAGUGCACGAUGUGCGAUGUUAGGAAAGGGACGUCAACCCGAAAACCUCGGCCUGUUUCCCAGUUGGUCGUACAGCAAGUAAAUCAGCAAUUUGCACCGCCGCCCACGCUGCUCAAAAAGGAGAAGAAAGAAAAAUCAGAGAAGAGCGACAAAGAACUCACAUUGAGGAAGAAAAGCUUAAAAAAGAUGAGACCAAGGUUAAAAAACGUGGACCGCAGCAGCGCUCAGCAUCUGGAGGUAACAGUCGGUGACCUAACGGUAAUAAUCACAGACUUUAAGGAGAAAGCCAAACCUACAUCUACUUCGGCGAGCGUCGCAGCCGCCGACCUGCACAGUCAAAGCGGCUCGAGCUCUGACAACACUGAGGGAGGAGCGUCGCGGUGCUCCUCGCCACGGGGGGAGGGAUCGUCAGUCAGCGGAGACGCUCGCUAAUCCUCAGAUGUCCCAACACGGCAAAAGCCAUUCUAAUGCACUCAACCAGAAAUCGACACGCAUGUUCUGUUAAUACUAUACCUGGCGUUAUGUUAGCAUUUGCUUCCAUGUUUGGGUGUUUUGCUGAUACUUCUGGUGUCAAUGUGAACAGCCAAAUCUAACAUGAUAAACUGAGCGAAUGAACAUUAUGCAGCAUACAUGACUGCAAUGUGACAUUAUCACACUGUCGGUGGUGUCUGCGGAAAACAAAUGAUGCAUUAAGGAAGCAAUGUGAAGUUCAUUUCAUAUUGUAGUUUACGCUAGAAAUUGUUAUUUGCACUUGAAUGGAAUCUUACUUUCAUGAUGACAUUAUUUUGUGUGUGUCCCCCUUUCUUUGUCAUUACUAGUCAAUCGUAAGACUUUUUGCUUCUGGCCUUAUCUGCGCUCAUGUCUUUGGAUGCAAUAUGUGUUUUCCUGUCUUAGCAUUUUAGUAAAAAAUAUUGAAAAGUCUACUUUUUCACUCUGGAUAUGAGCAUGAUUUAAUCUGCGGAAUGGUUUAUAUUGUAAAAUACUGAAAUAAAAUAAUUGUAGAUUCUUGUACCG